AAGCAGCAUUAAUAACAAUUUUUGCCGGAUCGACGAUCGUGGGAUCAAACAAUUCCUUAGUCAAUUCUCACAAUCACUAGCACGAUUCGGUGAUGCUGAAGCGUCUAGCCUGAUAACGAACGGCAAACUGCGACUGGUCAGUUCAGGUUAGUUUUUGCAACCGGAAAGUAGCUUCGGUAUGAUCUUCAACACACGAGGCCCAUUCGCCGUGACAUGCAUGACGCUGAUCGCACUGUUGACGGUAAGCAGGUCAGUGCAAGGGAAGAUCUUCCAGAAGUGUCCAUUGGCGAAACUGUUGGACAGUCAUCAGAUCUCAAGGACAUUGAUUUCGAACUGGAUAUGCCUGGUCAAUGCUGAAAGCGGUGGUGAUACUUCCAAGAAAGUGUCAAUGGAUAAUCUCACUUCAAGUUAUGGUAUUUUUCAGAUCAACAGUAAGGAGUGGUGCCGUGCCGGACGUAAGGGAGGGAAGUGCAAUAAAAAUUGCGAAGCUUUCCUAACGGACGAUAUUUCUGACGACAUCGAAUGUGCUAAACUGAUAUAUAAGGACCAAGGAUUCUCCUAUUGGAAAGGUUGGGUCAACAAAUGCAAGCAAAAACCGUUGCCGGAUAUCUCCAGCUGUUGGAAAUAACGCCUCGGAAAAAUUACCGCAUAAUUGUUUGAACAAAUAAAAAAGUGUCGUAAAUAAAUGGUCUCA